AUGCUGGAGAUCUACAGGAAUCUGCUCUCCUUGGGGAAGAAACCUUACAUAUGUAAGAAGUGUGGCCGAGGCUUUACCCAAAAGGCAUAUCUCAUCACACACCUGCAGACACACUCAGGGAAGAACCCUUACAUGUGUAAGGAGUGUAGGCGAGGCUUUACCCGAAAGGCACAUCUCAUCAGACACCAGAGGACACACUCGGGGGAGAAACCACAUGUGUGUGAGGAGUGUGGGCGAGCCUUUAGCUGCAAAGGAGAUCUCAUCAAACACCAGAGGACACACUCAGGGGAGAAGCCACAUGUGUGUAAGGAGUGUGGGCGAGGCUUUAGCCAGAAGACAAAUCUCAUCACACACCAGAGGACACAUUCAGGGGAGAAACCACAUGUGUGUAAGGAAUGUGGGCGAGGAUUUAGUCGAAAAUCCACUCUCAUCACACACCAGAGGACACACUCAGGGGAGAAACCUUACACGUGUAAGGAGUGUGGGAGACCCUUUGGCCGAAAGUCAAGUCUGAUCAGACACUUGAGGGGACACACAGGUGACACCCCUUAUGUAUGUAAGGAAUGUGGGAAAGGCUUUAGCCGAAAGUCAACACUGCUUGAACAUCAGAGGAGACACUCAGGGGAGAAACCUUACACCUGCAAGGAGUGUGGGCGAGGCUUCUUCUGGAAAGCAACUCUCCUCAUUCACCAGAGGACACACUCGGGGGAGAAACUACAUGUGUGUAAGGAGUGUGGGCGAGCCUUUGGCUUGAAGUCAGAUCUCAUCAAACACCAAAGUGUACACACAGGGGAGAAGCCUUAUGUGUGUCAGGCAUGUGGGCGAGGCUUUAGCCAAAAGUCAACUCUCCUCACACACCAGAGACUACAUUCAGGGGAAAAACCACCUGUCUGACAUGAAUGUAGGCGAGGCUUUACCUGUAAGUCAGGACUCACCAAACACCAGGGGUUACGCUCAGGGGAGAAGGCACAUGUGUGCAAGGAGUCGGUGCGACCCUUUAUCCUGUAGUCAACUAUCAUUAGAUACCAGAAGACACAGGUGCGAAACCAGGACUGUGGGUGAGACUUUACCUGGAAGUCGGAUCUCAGUGAACACCAGAGGAGACACUCGAGAGAAUCCUUACAUGUGUAAAGAAUGUGGGUGAAUUUAGCCAAUAAUCAACUCCUCACACACUGGAGCAUACAUUUCAGGGGACAAAUCACAUGUAUGUACGGAGUGUGGGUGAGCCUUGAGGUGUAAUUCAGGUCUCACCAAACACCAGAGGAUCACAUGGGAGAAGCCAUGUGCGCCAGGAGUAUGGGUGAGGCUUUAACCUGAAGUCAACUCUUCACAGACACCAAGGACACAUUCAGGUGAGAAACCGUAUAAAUACAGAGGGUGUGGGCAAGGCUCCUUGCACAGCAAUCGGCACACAUGAAGUCACAUGUGUCACACACCAGAGGACACACUCAGGAGACUAGCAGCAUGUGAGUAAUUGUGGGUAAUGCUGUGGCCAAACGUGACGUCAAACAUCCAAGGAUACACUCAGGUGAGAAACCACAUGGGUCAGGACUGUGGGCGAGGCUUUAGCUCCAAUCCAGCUGUCAUCACACAUCACGGUAUACUCAGGAGACUGGGAAGCCCCAGAUGUACA